ACUGCUUCUUGCAAAUACCAGUGAUAAAAUUACUUCUUCUUUGGAAUGGUCUGCUCUGAUUCCUCUUCUGUUUUCUACAUCGGAGAGCGACACAGGCCUGGUGAGGCAUAAAGAACUUUGCCUCUGAGCAGCGCUGCCACCUCAGGAUUCCACUUGGAUAAAACACUUCCAAGAAGAAAAUGGCCUCAUAUGCUCUGCAAAUAGCUGGCUUGGUGUUUAGUGGUAUUGGUAUGGUAGGUACAGUGGCGGUCACCAUCAUGCCUCAGUGGAGAGUGUCGGCCUUCAUCGGAAGCAACAUCGUGGUGUUUGAAAACAUCUGGGAAGGACUAUGGAUGAAUUGCAUAAGACACGCUAACAUCAGAAUGCAGUGCAAAGUCUAUGACUCUCUGCUGGCUCUUUCUCCGGACCUACAGGCAGCCAGAGGGCUGAUGUGUGCUGCUUCUGUGCUUUCCCUCUUGGCUUUCAUGACAGCCAUCCUUGGCAUGAAGUGCACCAGACUCACUGGGGAUGAUGAAAACGUGAAGAGUCGCAUCCUGCUGACGGCUGGAAUUCUCUUCAUCAUUACAGGCAUCGUGGUGCUCAUCCCUGUGUCCUGGGUUGCUAAUUCCAUCAUCCAAAACUUCUACAAUCCAGUAGUGGAUCCUGGCCAGAAACGUGAGCUUGGAGAAGCCCUCUACAUAGGCUGGACCACAGCACUGGUGCUGAUUGCUGCAGGGGCACUGUUCUCUUGUGUUUUCUGUUGCACCGAAAAGAGCAAUAGUUACAGAUAUUCAGUACCAUCUCAUCGAACAACUCAGAGAAGUUUUCACGUGGGAAAGAAGUCACCGAGCAUAUAUUCCAAAAGUCAGUAUGUGUAGUUGUCUGUAUUUCUUAACUUAAUGUAUGAAACCAUACAAAUGACUAAAAUGUCCACUGCUUUCUACAAGUAGGACUCAAAGGAGUGUUACUUGGGCAUCCUUAACUGCCUAACGUUAAUUACAGGAACUGUGCACCAUCUAUUUAUGACUUUAUGAACUGUUUCAGCAGAAUGAGAUACUAUACACCCUGCUUUGAUUGUUCUUGGAAAUAUGGUGAUUUAUUUUCUUAAAUGGUCUAUGCACCUAUUCCUUGUAUUAGUUACUUCAAAAUGAUUUUGCUUAAGACUGUUAUUUUACAACUGUGAUUUCUGUGCUGUAGCAUUAUGCAUGUAGAUGAUCAUGACGUUUAUAUCUCCCAGAAAUAGAGACAAGCUUAUAUGGUUUGAUUUUAAAUGAAAUACUGAUCCAUUACACUAAGUAAAUAGAAAUCAACUAUUGCUUUUCAAGGGACCCAGGGUUUGGGUUGAAGAAGGGUGAUAUUAAUUGUUUAAAAACAGCUUAGGGAUUAAUGCACUCGUUUAUAAUGAAGGUUAGAAUGAAAGCUUUUAUCAGCAGUAUAAAGGAAACUAAAUGACUUUCUGAUACCUUUUUUUUUCAGCUGAGAAGUUAGAAAUUCUAACUCCUUUAUCCUCUUUCCAAAGACAUUUUUGUUUCUUGUAUAUUUAAUUAACAUCUUUUUUAAAAAGCAGAUAUUUCCUGAAAAGGCAUUAUAUUCAAGCUACUUUUCCUGGGCUAUCCUAAGAAAGAGAAUAAAACUAUGGUCUAAGAUAAAUUAGCAAUUUGAGGAAACUUAAUUUAUUAUUUUUUUUGUAACUGUAGAAGGGCUCAUUUUGACAAAAGAAAUCAUACUUGUAUGGGAAUAUUUCAAUAAAUAUUUGAGUGAGGUCUUUGGGAUUUUACCAAUACAAAUGAAAGACUCUAACUAAUUUUAUUUGUUUUUUAUUUUCUUACAAAAAAUGUAUACUCUGAAAAUUUCAACUGCUCCUAUACAGAUAUGUAAAUCAAGGUUGUUAUGUUGGCUCUUUCAUAGAUACCUUUCUUUAUUUGUUCAGAUUUUAUUGAGUUUUGAUUAAGUGUGGAAAUACCAUUUGUGUUUUCCCCAAAGCUGAUGUGAUUGAUCAUCCAGUUCAGAAAUUUGUAUCUACAUUUGUCCACUUAAAGGACUACUUGUGCUAAUUGCUUUAUGUGUUUUGUAUUAAUAAAUUAUACCUUUUCAUAAGUAUA